UUAGCUCUUGUUGUAGGGGCCCCAUCUGAGUUUCAUCUGGAUAAAUUUUUUUUCCCUCUCUUUUAUUUUUUUUUUACUUCCUUCUUUUAUUUCUCUUGGUUAAUCUGAGAUUCUCUUUCUUUUUUGAAUCAUCUAUUCCAUCAGUCAAUUUACUGCUCAAUCACUUUGCUUACGUCUUUGGAAAUAGGAUUGAAAUUAGUGAAAUGGGUUGGUGGGUUUGGCACCCAAAACGUCAAGAUCAGAACAAGAAAGAAAAGGAAUAAUUUUGGGUUUGCUAGUGAUUAUCUCUCUGAUUAAGUUUUGUUCUUGGAUUAAAUGGGAUGAUUUAGGGUUAGAGAAGAAUACAAGAAGAUCCCAUAAACUAACAGAAAAUCCACAUGGUUUAAGAAGUCAUUUAUUUAUAUUAUUUAUUUUUUAAAAAAUAAAAAGGGAAGCUGAGAUCAAGGUAAAACAUAGAUCAAGGCUUUACAUCAGAAAUCAGAUUUGAUGGAACUGAGAGGCCAAGACAAGGAAAUAAGGAUGCCACUGCCAAGCACCUUGGGCUAUAAUCCUACCCAUAAAGACUCUUCAACCAAGCUGUCUUCUCCAACUGUAGCUUCAACUGUGGGAGAAAGAAGAAGAGAUCAAACUGUUCAUGGUAACACAAUCUUCAACCCAGCUCAAACCCUAGAUCACCAACACCACUACCAUCCUAUUCCACAGCAACCAAAUCCAAAUUCACACAACAACACACACAAACCCGGAAGAGAUCCAGACGCAAACCCAGACAAAAUCCCAGCUCCAAUUGCAACCCCAUCAGGAGCAACAACCACACCAAUCACUAGUGCAUCAAAAAAAUCGCCGACCCCACGACCACAACCACAACCGCAACAAAACAGUUCUACUAUUAGGGCUGCACCACCAAAGGUUAUUAGAUAUAGAGAAUGUUUGAAGAAUCACGCUGCCAGUAUGGGCGGCCAUGUUGUAGAUGGCUGCGGAGAAUUCAUGCCAAGUGGAGAUGAAGGCACCCUGGAGGCCUUAAAGUGUGCAGCUUGUGAGUGCCACCGCAAUUUUCAUAGAAAAGAAACUGAGGGUGAGUCACAAUAUGUCUCCAACUCUUACUACAACUACAAUCCCAAUACAAACAAUGAUAGAAGAGAAAUAGUACUACCUCAACAUCAUCGUCCUCCUCCACUUACUCCACCGCCUCAUCAUCUUCAUCAUCACCAUCGGCCUCAUCCGGUGCCUAUUGCUCCGAUGAUGAUGGCCUUUGGAACUGGUGGUGGAGCGCCAGCUGAGUCCUCAAGUGAAGAUCUUGGUAUGUUUAGGUCUGAUUAUCAUGUCGGUGUGCAAGGUUUGUCACAAGCACGGCAAUCCAAGAAGAGGUUUCGGACCAAAUUUAGUCAAGAGCAGAAAGAUAAGAUGAUGGAAUUUGCUGAGAAGUUGGGGUGGAAGAUCCAGAAGCAUGAUGAGCAAGAUGUCCAGAACUUCUGUUUAGAAGUGGGUAUAAAGAGGCAGGUUUUCAAGGUAUGGAUGCACAACAAUAAACAAGCUAUGAAGAAGAAGCAAAUGUAAGGCAAAUCAAAUUCUUCAAACCCUUGAGAUUACUAUUAAUUGUGAAAAAGAAAUGCCUGUAUUCAAUGAAUGAUUUUAGAUCACAUGUGCACAGUGAUAUAGAAUGGAGAAGAUCAUAGAU